AUGGCCGAGCUGCUGCGGAGCCUGCAGGAUUCCCAGCUCGUCGCCCGCUUCCAGCGCCGCUGCGGGCUCUUCCCGGCGCCGGAUGAAGGCCCCCGCGAGAACGGCGCGGGCCCCGCGGAGGGCGCGGCGCGGGCGCCGGGGCUCGGGCAGCUCUCUGCGGCCAACUGCAAGGGCGGCGGGGGGCCGGCCAACGGGCUGCGGAGAGUCGCGGCCCCGCAGGCUUAUGUACAGAAGUACAUUGUGAAGAAUUAUUUCUACUAUUACCUAUUCCGAUUUUCUGCUGCUCUGGGUCAAGAAGUCUUCUACAUCACAUUUCUUCCAUUCACUCACUGGAACAUUGAUCCUUAUUUAUCCAGAAGACUGAUCAUCAUAUGGGUUCUGGUGAUGUACAUCGGCCAGGUGGCCAAGGACAUCUUGAAGUGGCCCCGCCCCCUCUCCCCUCCAGUGGUGAAGCUGGAGAAGAGGGUGAUUGAUGAGUACGGAAUGCCGUCUACCCACGCCAUGGCAGCCACCGUCAUAUCCUUCACCCUCCUCCUCUCCACUAUGGACAGAUACCAGUAUCCCUUUGCUCUGGGACUUCUGAUGGCUGUGGUGUUUUCCACCUUGGUGUGUCUCAGCAGACUCUACACCGGGAUGCACACGGUGCUGGAUGUGCUGGGUGGCAUCCUGGUCACUGCAGUCCUCAUCGUCCUCACCUACCCCGCCUGGACCCUUAUCGACCGCCUGGACUCGGCCAGCCCCCUCUUCCCCGUGUGUGUCAUCGUGGUGCCCUUCUUCCUGUGUUACAACUACCCCGUGUCUGACUGCUACAGCCCCACCAGAGCGGACACCACUACCAUUCUGGCCGCAGGGGCGGGGGUGACUCUCGGGUUCUGGAUCAAUCACUUCUUCCAGCUCGCGUCCGCGCCCACCGAGGCUCUCCCUGUCGUUCAGAACAUCCCGCCACUCACCACCAACAUGUUGGUCUUGGGACUGACCAAAUUUGCCGUGGGGAUCGUGUUGAUCCUUCUAGUGCGUCAGCUGGUUCAAAACCUCUCCCUGCAGGUGCUGUACUCCUGCUUCAAGGUGGUCACCAGGAACAAGGAGGCCAGGCGGAGACUAGAGAUCGAAGUGCCUUAUAAGUUCGUCACCUACACGUCUGUGGGACUCUGUGCUACGACCUUUGUGCCCAUGCUGCACAGGUUUUUGGGACUGCUCUGAACCUCAGAGAGGUGGAAGGGAGUCCCCUGGACCAGGGAGCCCAAACAGGAAAGGGGUGAGGUGGGCAAGUUUUGACAAUACCUUUUUCUUUAAAAAAAAAAAAAGAAAAAAGAACUCCUAAGUCACAUAUCCGUUUUGCUGAUAGCUGAGAUCAACGUUGCUGCCGUGUGAAAGGAAGUACUGUGUCCUAGGACCAUCAGUCUGUAAGCAUCUGGCCGCAGGGGAAGCCAGGCUAACCCCGCAGUCUGUUGUUUGAGGGCCUCCCGCCCUGUUACACGGACUUUGGGCCUAGUCGUGGGCCGGCAGGAACUGCGGCCUGGUUUGGGCGAUCCAGAAGAGACAGGCAUGAUCUGAGAGGCUGGAGGUCAGUGUUUCUCUUCCGCUAUGACCUUGCCUGGCACAGAGCCUCAUGUCCAAACUUGGAACUAGGGUCCGGAGAAAGGGUGGCGUCGUGUAGAACUGCCUUCCUUGGACAGGAGGGCAUUUUUGUUAUGACUCGACUGUGCCCACACAGGUGGCAAGAGCGUUGUGGACCACACCAUGGGCUGGGGUGGUAAGAGACGGGAGCACCCGUGAGAGAUCGUGGGCAGGAGCCUGUUUCCCUCCGGAGUCCUGCUUUCUGGGGGCAUCCGCUUGUCCGUGUCCGUGCGUUUUGCAGAACUCCGGGUUGUGUUUCCCCACUCUUCUGAUCCAAGAAACCCACUAGCUGCCCGCACCUCUGUACGUCGGGGUUCCCAGGGUGUCCUGCUCUCUCCUGCUUCACCGUGACUUGGGGCAAGCCCUCGGCCCGUCAUUGGGUGUUUCAUGCUUCCCUACAAACUGGGGAGGCGCUAUCAUCUGCCUGUAGGAGUGGCCCCAUACAGCCCGUGAACUGAACGCUCCCUGGGCCCUGACAAGGAGGGAAGUGGCCUCCGGGACCCUGCUCCUGCAUUUCUGUUACUUUCUGUAAACCGAUUUUUUCACCUACUAAAUAGAAUCGGGGGCUCCCUUUCCAUCUCCCCACCACCUAUCUUGCGGCAGUGUUAAUUAAUGCAAUUAAUGUAAUUAAUGCAAGAGCGGGGUCAGCCUCUCUCGGGAAGACAAGCUGACCAAACACAACACAGCCUUUCAGGCUGCGUGUGUCCUCACGGGGCGUAGGCAGGCCGUGUUAGGGGAGCACGCCCUCCGGGGGCACAUCUUCAGCUCUGAAGGACCAGGAGCACGCAUCGACGGUCCUCUGAAAAGUUAGCAGAAAUGCGUGGUUAGGAAGUCUCUUCUGCAGUGUGGUACCUGGGCCACUGAAACCAGGGACUCGAAUCCCAGCAACUGGUUUCUGGGCACUUAGUUCAGGGUUGGGCUCUUCCCUCUGCCUCCAGUGUGAAAACCGAAAACCCCAUUGGUCCUGAUUUCAAACACGGCCCCUGAGCUUUCUGUCGAGGUCCCCUUUGCUAUUUGGCUCAGUGGUCCAGUCUACCGAGAACAAUGUUGAGGAAACCAUUCUGCUUUUCCCUCGAAUCCUUCUGACAUUUUUCAUAGUUAGAGGCGGCAGGAAUCAAAAGGACCUGCCAUUUAUUUGUUCUUACAGCAAACUCUGCCUAGUAUUUGUGGCACCAGGAUGGAGCAUGGUGGGGGUGGGGGGCAACGUACAGGCAUCCCUACCCUGGGCCAGCCCCCGCCAUCCAAGCGGCGGACGAGGCAUGUUCCUGCAUCAUUUUUAGUUGCUUUUUCUGAAACUAAUUAGCAAAAGGAUCAGGGUUUUCCACUUACAUCUUUUGAGAGGAGGGGCUGUAAUUGUCACAGCAGUGGGUGUUGGCAAUUCACUCAAUUGUGUGUGUGUGUGUGUGUGUGAUUUUUAAUGCUGUCCUUUUAAGUCCCAACAAUAGGACAGCAAUCAGCUGUGAUAAUGUAUUUAAGGCUGUAUUUACACGAUUGGAUGGAGGAUGAUUAGCUUUGGAUCUUAAAGAACGACCCAAGGGCUUGUCGUGGUUGGUCUGUUUUUUAAAGUAUCUCAUUUUGCAACUGGAAAAUUAAAAGAGUGUAUAUGGGUGAAGACCAUUUUAGCUUUUGAGCUCUACUGCUCUGCAGGAACGGACUGGAAAAGUCACUACCUGCUUCCCACUCUUGCUCACUGGCCCUCUUCUGGCACUUGUUAUACCCUCCCAGGCCCGAGGUCUCUCCCACACACCCCACCCCUGCCCCUUCAAAGAGCAGGCCUACUGGCUCCUUGGAGACAGUUGGAUUUUCUCUCUGGGGAGAGACUGCCCCCUGCUGGCAUAGCCUCAGUCGUGGUCCAGAGCCCCUCUCCUGCUGGAGACUUGGAGAUUAAGACUUAAAAGUCAAACUCACCAUGAUGUAUGCAAGAUAAACUUAGGACCUGGGGUCUGGCCAACCCUGCAUUUGGAACCCUCAAAGCCCUCAAGACGACUGGCACCUCCAGGAGCUCAGCAGAACAUGCCCUCGUCCUUACGGGUAUGCCCUCCCAGCCCCCUCCUGCAACGUCCUUAGAACCAGCUGUCUUGCUGGUUUUGCUCAGGCCUGCACCACAACAGAAUAUGUAGAAGGAAACACAGAUGGGACCCUGCACUAAAAACCCUUAAAUGACUGUGGCUGAAGUCACUCUACAACAUGCCUGAAGGUCGCACUGUAACCUGGGAUUUUUCUCCCCCAAGUAGGCAUCUCCUGCUUCCUGGGUGUAAUCAAAGCAUGUGGUGUUUCGGGGCCAUAUGCUCCUGGUUUCUAUUUUGGAAGCUUUCAGCUGUCUUGCUUAUGUACUGUAUGUAAAUUUAUUCUUUUUAAAAUAAAAUCAUUUUGUGUUUGA